GGCAACGUCACUCUUCAACGAUUCCCUCUUGCUCUCCGAUCAGAGACAACAUCAGCCCUCAGCUCAUCUCCUCAUCCAUCCAUCACUCUCAACGAACACACCUCAACAACAGUCUCGCACCCACACAACUAGCAACCUUCAGAAAUCCUCAAUCAACUUACCCCCUACGCCAUCACAAUGCAGCUCUCUUCCACUCUCGCCCUCCUAGCCUCCUACUUCGGCCUUUCCACCGCCCUCCACCUCCCCGACGGUGUCUGGGAAGGCACCAUCCUCGCCAACGGCACCUACUCCAUCAAAGCCGCCGGCGCUCCCGACAGCGACUCCUUCCUCGUUGAGCCAACCACCACCACCACCACCACCCAAAAGCGGUCCGGGCCCAUUGCCAAGCGCUACGUCGGGUGCUUCGGCUACCAACUCGAUGCGAGCGGCGUCGACGCCGCCGUGGUGGGCUUGAAGAACUGGGCAGGCAGUGGCCACACGCUGACGAGCGGUGACAAGAACACGUUCUUGGCGGUGUCGGCCGAGGGCAUGAUUGCGUACUAUUGCAUUGAUGCGCCGAGGAGCAGCGGAAACCUCGAUGUUGAUGAUGUCAAUUAUGCGCUGGCGCAGAUGGACGCUACUUGCCGUCGGUACGAGGCGAGUUACUUCAAGUGGGACGGUAGCGUGGAGAUUGUCGGCAAGGGUCGCGCUGGAGACAAUGUCUGCGUUUGAGAAGGGGGUGAAUGUUGGUGCUGGUUCGCGGACUUGGGGUUCAGAAGGGAAGUGAUGUAGCAGAUUUUGGGGAGUCGGUCGUUAUAGUUUGAGGAGCUUUGUCGGAAUGGGAACGGUCGUUACCUACCUGUACUGUUUGAUGUUUGGCGGAAUGGAAAGAAAGGGUCGCGUGUUAGUUUGUCUAAACUCGUCUGGUUCA